AUGCAAUAAAGUACUCAGUUAAUGCAAGCUUAAUAAAGUUUAAUGGCUAUGUAGUUUUAUGAUGAAAAGACUUCUAAGCUGCAGGAGACACUUCUCAAGCAACUUAAGAAAAACCUUAGACUAAUAUAGGAUUUGCAGUAAGAUCCUCAUCAUCAUUAAAGAGGAUUCAGUGCAUCUUUAAAUGUAACUGGGUCAAUGAGGAGAUCCUAAAAAGAUGAUUCUGAAAAAGUAAAAAAAGAUGUGCUAAAAGUAGAGAGGAAGGAAAUAGCAGUUAUAAACAGAGAAAAACAUAUAGGCGAAAAGAUAAAGUUCUACAGGAAUAAGCAGCUAGGAUAGUUCUGCAUGCCAAGACUAGAAGAAAGUCAGGGAUUUUUUUCUGCUGAAAAACUGAAGGAAAAGGGCAUAAACCCAGAGGAGCUGCAAAUGCUCUAAAAAUUGACUUAGGCCUCGCUUCAUUUCAUGCCCUCUCAAAAUCCUACUGAGAAAAAGCUAUAUAAAAAUCUCAGCUAGAGCUUAAAUGACUACAGAAGCUUUGUUGGAAAUAAAACAUUUAGUAAUCAUUAGGGAUCAAGUUCUCCAUUGAAUAACUUAGAUUAUGCCUCGGAUUCUUAGAAACCUUUGAAGAGUUAGAAGUAACAUAGAAUAUAAGACCUCAAAAAAAAUAACUUACUUCACUUUGAAAAAUCAAACAUCGAGAAUUAGAUUAAGUAGUAGAUUUUUCAGUCAUCAAUGUAUGGAAGCCCGACUGGUUAACCGAUGUUCAACUAUUCGAAGAAUUACUUUGGGAGUAGUGGUUUUGAGUUUAAUAGAGAUAAACUCUUAAAAGAAUCAAAUGGUGAUGCCUAGAACGCAUAAAAGUUGGCGAAGUAUUACAGAAAGUUGAUGAGUAUAAAUUAGAAAAAUAUGAAGCAUGUAUUUAGCGAUUACUUACAGCAGGUUUAAACCAAUGAAAUUGAUCACUAGUUGAAAUCACUGUCUAGGUCGCCUAAAAUGAAUGCUAACCUGACUUAAAGUCUGAAUCUGAAACCAAUAAAUAUUCCACUGGCCAAAUAAUUCUCCUCAUUUUCCAGUCCAAUGAGUCCCACUGUCUCCGCACCCACUGGGGAAUAGAAACACUUUGGAUUUGAGAAAAGCACUAUGCUAGAGCAAAUCACUCACUAAAAAGAUCGAAUGAGUAGCAGCACCUAUGAUAUGUUCAGUCAUUCUAAGCAAAUCGACACUCUGAAAUAGAGAAAUCGGCUUAGAAGUCUCUUUGAGUAUCAUUAGUAAAAAAAUAACAGAGAUGUCCUCAACAAAUUCCUUAGAAGAUGUGAUUGGGAAUAAAAGCCAAAUAGAAUGCAAUUAUUCAGAAGGCAGUUACAAUAGUCUUCAACAAAUUAUGAAAGCUAAAUGAAGGUUUUGACUGCCAAGAAGCAUCAGAAAAUGUCCUACAAAAAUGCAGAGCAGUAGUUUUAGCUAUUAGACACCAACGAAUCCUAGUCCCCCUGA